AUGGCACUACAACUGGCCUGGAUCGGCCUGGGUAACAUGGGCAGGGGUAUGUGUAAGAACCUCGUCCGAAAAGGCCAUCUCUCCAAACCACUUCUACUAUACAACCGCACCACGUCCCGCGCCUCAGACGUUUCCUCCGAGAUCGGCCAUUCCGCCGUAGCCACCUCGAUCGAGGACGCUGUUUCAAAAUCCGAUAUAAUCUUCCUGUGCCUGGGCCACGACAUCGCCGUUCAAGACACUCUCACACAAGCCACGCAGGGCGAUGUCAAGGGCAAGCUCUUCGUUGACUGCUCCACCGUUCACCCAGAAACAACGGAUAAGGUCGCGAAAGCCGUAGAGGCAAAAGGCGCAUAUUUCGUUGCUUGCCCUGUUUUCGGCGCGCCUGCAAUGGCUGAUGCGGGACAGCUUGUUUGUGUGCUUGCUGGACUUCAAGAGCAGGUCGACAAGGUGAAACCGUAUUGUGAGGGUGUGAUGGGGAGAACAGUGAUCGAUUAUAGCGGAUCGGCGCCUGGUAAAGCGACAUUGCUAAAGGUGAUUGGCAACACAUUUAUACUGAGUAUGGUCGAGACGAUCUCGGAGGGACAUGUCGUGGCCGAGAAGACGGGUUUGGGUGUUGACGGUUUACAUCAGUUCAUUGAGACGAUGUUCCCAGGUCCUUAUACCGCAUACUCCAACCGAAUGAGAUCUGGCGAUUAUUACCAGCGAGAGGACCCACUCUUCUCAGCGACCCUGGCUCGAAAAGAUGCCGGUCACGCAAUGGCUCUGGCGGAGAAGGCGGGAGUGCAUAUGAAGAAUGUCCAGCUGGCCGAUGAGUAUCUGAAAGAUGUACAGGAUCAUAUGGGGAACAAAGGUGAUAUAGCAGGGAUCUAUGGGGCGAAAAGAGUAGAAGCGGGCCUGACUUUCGAGAAUAAGAGCUGA